AACUAAUAAAGUUAAAGAAAAACUCUUCUGGCCCUGCGAAACUCACCACUCACCAGCCAGCAGCCACCACUAUAAAAUGCUGUGCUAAGCUCACCGGUAGUACUCAACGCCGAUCACCGGCUGCUACAGAUUCCCGGUAAUCCACCCUUCCUUCCUCUUCAUCCUCUUCUUCUUUACGUUUUCUGCGUGUAACGGCUUUUCUCUCCUCUCUUGUGGAAACUUGGGUACAAGCUCGGGGCCUCGAGUUCAAGUUCCCUGUUUGGCAUAAAUCAUCAAUAUUAUGGAUCUGAAACAUAAAGGUAUAACCUGGGUCGGGAAUUUUUUCCAGAAGCUUGAAGCUGUGUGCCAAGAGGUAGAUGAUAUUGUCAACAAGGAUACAGUAAAAUAUGUUGAAAACCAGUUGCAAACCAUGGGUGGAAGUGUGAAAAAGUUCUGUUCUGAUGUUGUUCAGGAUGUACUUCCUCCUUUAGUGGAUCCUGUUAAGUGUCAAGCACAAGUUGUUGCUCUGAAAAGCAAUGAUGCAAUUAGCACCUAUUUGAAGGCAAUGAUGGGUGAUGAGGAAAAUCAUGUAGAUGUCAUCAAGCAGUCACAUGUGGAACCCAAUGCAGAUGAUCAUUUGAUGAAGCAGCUGCCAGACACAUCAAGUAAGCUUUGCCUUGUAAAUCAAAACAUACCUCCAACUUCUGUUGACUGCCUUGAAGUGGAAGAGACUGUCUCAUCUCUGCAAGAGAUUGAUGAUAUUAUGACAGAUGAAAACCCAAAUGUGAGUGCUGAAGAAAAUGCCACAGAGGACUCUGUGACUGAGGUGUUGGAGUUAUUUUCUCUGAAUGAUAAAGAGCCCUUUGGUGCAUCAUUUUCUUGUGAGUUCGGUGAAAGUAAUCAUCAAAAUGCAUUUGGAGUUGUGGCUGAGGUUCCGCCAGCAUCUUCAUUUCAUUGUGUGGAGUUCCAAUCCCCUCCAAAAAUGGGAACAGUUACUGACUGCCAUGAAGAAGUCAGUCAGAGCGUGUCUGAUGUCUCAAGUAUGAAUACUUCUUCUGUAUCAGCCUUUUCAGUUAUAUCUGAUGAGAAAACUAUAGUGGAGAUGAAGCUUGUGUGCUCUGGCAGUUCCCUACCAGUAGAGUCUUGUAGCCUGUCUGGGAAAUCACCUGACAACUCCCUGUAUGCGGCAUCUUGUGAUAAUCAUGGGGAUUGUAUUUGUCAUAGUUCCAGCAAACUCCCCUCUUCUGCACCUGCCCCAGUUAUCCCCUGUAAGGAAAAUGCAGACAAAUUAGGACAUGAUUCUUCCAGCAGUAUCCUACUAUCGGAAUCCAUCGAGGAAGACACUUCCAGCAUUAAGGAAAUUCAAGAAUCAUCUGGAAAUAGGCAUAUUCAUUUCUGGGAAUCUGCUCAAGGACCUCCAUAUGACUUGAACAAUGAUAUUAAUGAUUCUAGCAUGGAAACUGUCAAAUUGUGUGAUGAGGUGAAGCUUGAUGAAAGCUGUGUCAUUGUAGAACCUAGUGAACUUUAUGCCGUCUCUCGCAGAGUCCGAAAGCUCAGAUCAUACAGGAAAAAGAUUCAAGAUGCGUUCGCUUCAAAAAAGAGAUUGGCAGAGGAAUAUGAACAGCUAGCUGUUUGGUAUGGAGAUGUUGAUAUGGGGUCUAGCAAAGACAGCUUGCAAUCCAUCCCUGCCGCACCUUUAGAUUUGAAGAAUUUGCCAAUACAGCAGGCUUGCGACUCCGACUGGGAGUUUCUGUAGGUAAACAAAAAACCCGUGUAUAGCUGCAGUUGGACUUGUUGAAGAGCCCUCUUGCCUUUGCAGAUGAACAUGUCGGAUAUAUGCCAAUUUGUGUGAAUAAUCAUGGUUGAGGUUCUCAAUUUUAGUUGUACACAUAAUAAUAAGGCAGUAUUGAUGAGUGCUGUAAAUUCUAGUAGAUCGAAUGGUAUUAUUGUCUGGUUUAGUUGCCGGACAUGGCAUCAACUUUGAGAUACAAUUUCAGCAAGUAAUCAUACCCUUUUGCUAA